UUAUAGUGCACUACACAGGCUGCAGAUGGUAUUAUUUCAUCGCUCCUGAAGUGAACAACUACAGGGAGUUCGGAGUUAUAUGGAACUAAGUUUGAAUGCUGUCCGUUCUGGUUAUUUAAAGCUAUUUAGAGUUAUGUUUGCUGGUUGGAUUAGCCGACUAGCUUCGGGUUAAAGAGGGAAGAGCGGCGGCCUGGCGAUCCGGGGCUUUUCCUGAAAUUCGAAUCCGACCACUGUGAGGGAAUGACGGGGCGCGAUGCCGUGGGUUUCCCGGUGGCGGUGGUUCUGCCGGCUGCAGGUUGUGGUGAAAGGACAGGGCUGCCGACCCCCAAACAGUUCUGUACCUUCCUCAACAGACCACUUAUCAGCUUCACCAUGGAAACUUUUGAAAGAAUCCCGUGGAUCGACAGCAUCGUUGUUGUAGUUGCUAAGGAGAGCCAUGAUCUGAUGCUGCACAUCAUCCAUCAGUUUCAUCAUACUAAAGUGAAAGUGGUUGAAGGGGGACCCACAAGACAUAGAUCCAUUUUUAACGGACUUCAGGCAUUCGGCGAAAGCGCAGAGGGUCCUGUGCUUCCCAGGCCGAAGGUGGUCAUCGUCCACGAUGCUGUGCGUCCAUUCGUAGAGGAGGACUUUCUACUCAAAAUCACGCUGGCAGCCAAAGAGCAAGGGGCUUCUGGAGCCAUCCGUCCUCUGGUGUCCACGGUGAUUGCUACCACCUCUGAAGACUUCCUGGACCACUCACUGGAGCGAGCCAAGUACAGGGCCAGUGAAAUGCCCCAAGGGUUUCUCUACGAUGUCAUCUAUCAGGCCUACCAAAAGUGCAGCGAGUUUGACUUUGAGUUUGGCACCGAGUGCCUGCAUUUGGCCCUGCAGUACAGCGGCACCAGUGCCAAGCUUAUUGAGGGACCACCGACACUGUGGAAAGUGACCUACAAACGAGAUUUGGCUGCAGCAGAGUCAAUUAUCAAAGAGACUCUCUCGCUGUCAGCGUGCCUCAUCUCAGGAGCCAUGGCGGAAACCGUUGAGCUUUCCAGCAGGCUCCAGAAAAACCUGGAAUCCCACCAUAUGGCAGUGGAUGUUAUCCCAUGCACAAAGGAAAAUAAUGAACUGCUGCUAAAGACCAGGAACUUCAUCCAGAUAUCUACCAGUGGUGCGAGUUUAUCUGAAACUGCGGACAUGGUGAAGGUUUUUGAGGAGACAAAGUAUGCCCUUUUGUACCCGGUUGUUAUUGUAUGGGUUCAUUUAUGUAUGCCAGAUGAGAUAUCAAAUAUCCAGAAUAACGAUGAGCUGAUGGCCAUCAUGGAUCUUUCUAUGAAGGCCAAACAGGAGAAUAUUUUACUCUACGGUGUGCAAAUUAUUUACUCCGAGGUCCCUGAGCUCUGGGAGAAGUCCGUAGCAAGACUAUCCGAGAUCACAGAAUCCCUUAUCCGAGACAGGAACCCGGUUCUUACUGGACAGAUGCUACGAGCUUGAGACACCAGGGUCGGCCCUGACCUCCAUUUUAAAUAAAAAAAAAAAAAAGAGAGAAGGAGAGAUUUUUCCAGUGAAAUAUGUGCCAUUGUAUCUAAACAAUGCUGUGUUUUAUCUUAAAAAAUAUUUGCCACAUUUUUUUUUCAUUUCUUUUUAAAAUAAAAGCUGCAGUUUCUGUUAAACCAAUAAUAAAAAAAAAUCCUCAUGGGAACCAACCAACUGUCCCCACAAGGGCAAACCUGUCACAUCUACACUACCGUUCAAAAGUUUGGGGUCACCCAGACAAUUUUGUGUUUUCCAUGAAAAGUCACACUUUUAUUUCCCACCAUAAGUUGUAAAAUGAAUAGAAAAUCUAGUCAAGACAUUUUUCUGGCCAUUUUGAGCAUUUAAUCGACCCCACAAAUGUGA